CACGCACAGCCGCAAACUUUUCAACAUUGUUGUCUUUACCACAUUUACAUAUAUUAAUAAUCGUCCUUCACGAUUGAAAGAUGUUUACAUAAAUGCAUGGUUUAUUUCAUCUGUUCUAUUUUCCUCUAUUUUCUUAUUCACGUGACCGGAAACUCGGACUUUUGCGGAACCUGUGCAAAUAUUUGCUCAAAUCUCAAAACAUUUCCCGGGAAAACGAAGCAAAACAAAUGAACCAAGCGAGGGAGAGACGAGUAAAGCUUUCUUAAGUAGGUUAGCGUGCUACUUUUGGUUGUUUUUGAUCGCGUGUAGUGAGUCGCCUAGGAUGGUAUGCAGCCUGAAGCGACAGAACCAGAGGAGGAUAGUGUUGGGGAGGAACCGCCUUCAAUGCUGUGGGGACUGGACCCAAUGUUUAACGCUUUCAACAGGCUCUAUGUCAAAGACAUCCUACAUAUGAGAGAGUCCUGUCAAGUGUCAGGGAUAUACUUCUACAACUCUCACCCGAUAUUCAAAGUUGAUGUGCUCGGGACUGUGGUGUACAAACGAGAGCGAGAAGACUUCUUCUGUUACGGAGUUGAUGAUGGUACUGGUGUUAUAAACAGCCUUUGCUGGAAAGAUGAACAGUGGAGGGAGCAAGGUGACCCUGCUACACGUAAGUGCAGAUAUUCUCAUUAUAGCUGUGUGUCAGCCCUGUUCGUGUUCACGGUUGGCUGUGUAUUAUCUUCAGUAUGGGCGAGGUCUUUCGGUAGCAGCGCUCGUGAAGACUUCAACCCAGCCAGCGAGCUGAAGAAACUACGGCAAGCCCAACACAGCAGCUCCCACCUGGAGAUAGGAGAACUGCUCAGGGUGCGAGGGCCCGUCAAGACCUCCAGACAACAGCGAGAGAUAAUGGCCUCUACAUACUAUAAAGUGUCAGACCCGGUGAUGGCGGUCCAGAUAUCCUGGAUGAUGGAGGUUCCUCAGCUCUACAGACAGUGCUAUGAUAAACCAUUCCAUCUGGACAGCUGUGCACAGAACAUUCAAGGUGGUUCUGCUUCCUACCUGCUUGGCAGAGCCACUCAUAUCCUGAAGGACUUCCUGAAAGAGAAAGAAGUCACCAGGUUCAGACCCUAUGAUGUCCAGGACCUUUUACAGCCUCUGGUCUCCAGACAACCUCAGAGGACGGCAUCAGAACAGGAGCCUGAGGCUAGUCCAUCAUCGGGUCCACCAACAUCUUUCAAACAGCUCAGGGAGCUACUCCAGAAGAGCCUUCAGAUCCUGCAGGACGAAGGCUUGGUGUUCCGCAAGGUCAAAUGUCAGGAUGAGGUCUACCAUGUAACGGAACGGGACAAGGAUCUUCUCAUGGCAGUCCGAGACAUUAUUCGGGAAGAUUGCAGACGAGAGAAAUAUGUGGAAAAGGGUUGCCACAUCCUGCACGUCCUGUCCAGUGUGAGACAGAGGUACAGUCGCAACGUGAGCAAGGCAGCCUUGGUGCUGGUCCUCAAAGCUCUGGAGUGUAAUAGUGACAUCAUCAGCACCAGCGACAGUCAUUACACUAUCCUCUGACGCUGACUUAGACAUUCUGGGGACAAGCUGUCUGAAAUGGGAGUGAAACGGGGAGGUACCAUCUGACCGUGUCCAAUAAGAAACGCAUGUUUUUGUUUUCCGUUGGGAAGAUAUAUAUAACAAGUGUGCCCUAAUAAAUAUGACCCGUAAUGCA